AUGUCUGACGACUGGAACCCCUCUGAAGACCCCAAGCCCCAGAUUGAAGCCGACUGUGCUGAGGGUCACCAUUGCCACAGCCUAAAGGCAAAACUCGACGCGUGUACUGCACGAGUGGAAGGCGGGGAUGCUGGAGAAGAGACCUGCGUUGAAGAGUUCUUUGACUUGAUGGAGUGCGUCAACCACUGCGCUGCGGACAAACUCUUUGCAAAGAUGAAGUUACUACCAGAAGUUAAUGGAAACCAUCUUGUGCUCACAGAUUUCAUAAGUUACUUUUGUGUAUAUCCAGUGGCUCUGCAACAGCAAAAGCGGAACGUCGGACCACCCAAAUGGCCGACUUUGAUAUCCCAACCUGUUUGUCAGCGUUCGAUUUUCGAAAACACUUUUGAUCGACUGAAUAGUUUUAUUCAUAUAAUCGACGAACAGACGAACAGAUCUGUGGUCAAGCGACAAGCAAGGAUUAUGACGGGGACUAUGCGAGCAGUAGUUGUCAAAAAGCCAGGCAAUGCAUCCGGGCUGGCGAUCGAUACCGUUCCCAAACCGAGUCCAAAGGACGAUGAGCUACUAGUGAAGAUCCACUCUUUUGCUUUGAACAGAAUGGACAUUCUCCAGCGGGACCAGCAUUACCCCGUUCCAAAGGGGGCGUCUGAUAUCCUCGGGGUGGAAUUUGCGGGUGUUGUGGAGGAAGUUGGUCCAAAGGUGGAGAGGUACAAGAAGGGGGAUAGGGUUUUUGGACUCGUCUAUGGGGGUGCCUACGCAGAGUAUGUGACAAUUUCGGAACACAUGGCAAUGUCCAUUCCGGAACAGUUUACCUUUCAACAAGCGACUGCCAUUCCUGAGGUUUGGUUCACGGCAUAUCAGGCUUUGUUUCUGAUCAACGAUCUCAAAGAAGGCGAGGAUGUCCUCAUCCAUGCUGGAGCCAGUGGUGUGGGGUUAUCUGCUAUUCAACUUGCCAAAAAGGCCAAGGCAAAACACAUCAUUGUAACAGCCGGACACGAAGACAAGCUCGCAUUCUGCAAAUCCCUCGGAGCAACCGACGGUGUCAAUUACAAAAAAGAAGACUUUCAACAAAAGGUGCAAGAAAUCACAAACGGAAAGGGUGUCAAUGCCAUUGUAGACUUUAUCGGAGCGGGGUACUGGGAUAAAAACCUGGCUUCUUUGGCAGUGGAUGGGCGUAUGGUCCUCUUGGCUUUCUUGCAAGGCGCUGUCCUCGAAAAGUCCAAUAUGGCACCUAUCCUUCUCAAACGACUCAAGAUUCAAGGAUCCACGCUUCGCUCCCGUUCACUAGAAUACCAAAUCGCUCUGCGAAACCAUAUUGAAAAAGAGGUCCUACCGGGCCUUGUCGAUGGAAGUUUGAAAUUGAUUAUUGAUAAGGAAUUUGGAUGGGAGGACAUUGCUGAGGCUCAUAGGUACAUGGAAAGUAAUCAGAGUAUGGGGAAAAUCGUUGUAAAUGUCACCAAGUGAGGGCAUUUUAUGCACUGAUAUCAUAAAUCUGCUAGGCAGAUAGUUAGGAUCUUGCAGUGUUAGGCAGCAUUUACCAGCCAACAGAGUAUAUAUACGAGGCUUGGACAAAAAAGCAGAAAACAAGAAACUAAACACAACUUGGUAGAUCAAAGAACAAUAUAUACAUCAGACCAGAAUGCAAUCGAUACAUGGCGUCCC